CUCCGCUCAAAACUGUUUGUAGGCCACUCGCUGCGAAGCCUUCGAUACCAUCUUUGCAGCAUUUCCCCCUCCCUCUCUCUCUCCAAUCCGCCUGCCUGCCCAUUGAGCUCUGCCGAGGCGCUGCCUACCCCCGCCCUAUUCCUUCCUCAUUUCUGCGUUCGCCAGCUCGCUCAGCUAUCUAUCAUGGCCACCACCGCGAAUGCCUCUGCUUCACCGAGCACCGUCUUUCCUCGCAGCCACGUCGGUUUUGACAGCAUCACGUCUCAGAUCGAAAAGAAGCUGUUGAAGCGUGGCUUUCAAUUCAAUGUCAUGUGUGUUGGUCAAACUGGUCUAGGAAAAUCUACCUUGAUAAACACCAUCUUCGCGUCGCAUUUGAUCGACUCCAAGGGUCGCUUAACUCCCAAUGAGCCCGUUCGCUCUACCACCGAAAUCCAAACUGUCUCUCACAUCAUCGAGGAAAACGGGGUGCGUUUGAGACUGAACAUAGUUGAUACUCCUGGAUACGGCGAUCAAGUGAACAAUGACCGAUGCUGGGACCCGAUUGUCAAGUACAUCAAAGAUCAGCAUUCCGCCUAUCUUCGCAAAGAGCUCACAGCUCAACGUGAACGUUAUAUCCAAGACACCCGUAUUCAUUGCUGUCUGUUCUUCAUUCAGCCAUCCGGUCAUGCCCUGAAACCCAUCGAUAUUGUCGUCCUCAAGAAACUUUCCGACGUUGUCAAUGUCGUUCCCGUGAUUGCCAAGUCUGACUCUUUGACUCUAGAAGAGCGACAAGAGUUCAAGGAGAGAAUCAAGGAGGAGUUUUUAUUCCACAACUUGAAGAUGUACCCGUACGACAAUGAUGAGCUUGAUGACGAAGAGCGUGGGUUGAAUGCUCAGAUCAAGGACAUCAUUCCUUUUGCCGUUGUUGGUAGUGAAAAGAAUAUUGUCGUGAAUGGAAAGCAGGUCCGUGGCCGACAGAAUCGUUGGGGUGUGAUUAACGUCGAAGAUGAGAACCAUUGCGAAUUCGUCUACCUUCGAAACUUCUUGACUCGUACACACCUCCAGGACCUCAUCGAAACAACCAGCCAGAUCCACUACGAGACUUUCCGUGCCAAGCAGUUGUUGGCUCUUAAGGAGAGCAGUGCCGCUGGAGGCCACAGUGGCAGCAGGCCCAUCAGCCCCUCGGCUGAUCGAGAACUAAGCCGAAACUCGCAGAGGGUUACAAUGAACGGCUACUAAUUUUGACUCCAAUGGCUACGGUAAUGAUGCAGCUGGCAGACGGUAUGUCAUAGCUGGUGGUGUAGUCCAGGGGACAGAAAUGUGCACAAAAGCUUGUCGUUUGGAGCCCAUGAUAGCUAGCUUUCCAUUUCCUUUCGUUACAGAUAUCCUUUUAACUGUGUGCUUCCUACGGAACGUUGUUUCAUUCCCUUUCUUUUUGCCAUACCUCUUGCUUUCCAUGCAUGUGGAUUGUCCUCGGCUUGUCUAGCUAGUCUCCUUAAAUUCUUAAAUUUUCUUGUCUUCUCUGGCCCUAAAGUUUUGUUCUUCAUCUUGAUUUAGCCGUAUCAAAUGAAGCAGUAAAUAUGGAGUCGCUCACCGUCCAGCAUGGGGACAUUGUUCGCACGGCCUUUCUCUUCUUAAGAAACAAAUGGACACAUGUUCUUAGAUCAUAGCUUUGCCUAGAAAGCGAUUAAAUCAAUAAAUCCAUCUCGUUGCUAUUAUUGCC